AAGACUGUCCAGACGUUACUUUGGAUGCCGCGUUUAAAGAAAACCCAAGAAGCGACCCAGAUGGCUGUCCAGCGAAAGAAACUUGUGGUUGUCGGUGACGGCGCUUGUGGGAAAACGUGUCUACUGAUCGUUUUCAGCAAGGACGAGUUUCCCGAGGUCUACGUCCCGACUGUGUUUGAAACCUACGUGGCCGACAUAGAGGUUGACAACCAGCAGGUCCAGCUGGCUCUGUGGGACACGGCCGGACAGGAGGACUACGACCGACUGCGCCCACUCUCCUACCCGGACACUGAUGUCAUCCUCAUGUGCUACUCCGUGGACAACCCGGACUCGUUGGGGAACAUCUCCGAAAAGUGGGUCCCUGAGGUCAAGCACUUUUGUCCGAACGUGCCAAUCAUUUUGGUGGCCAACAAGAAAGAUCUGCGCAACGACGAGAACACGAAGAACGACCUCUCCCGGAUGAAACUAGAGCCCGUGAAGGCGGAGGACGGUCGUGCGAUGGCCAUGCGCAUCGGCGCGUAUGACUACUUGGAGUGCUCCGCCAGGACCAAAGAGGGCAUCUGGGAGGUGUUCGAGACCGCAACACGGGCUACCCUGCAGAAACGCUCCACACCGGGGGAUUGUUUCAAAUGCUGUGUGAUGCUGUGAGUCAACUGUGGAUUACGAGGUCUGGAGGACCUUUGCAGCAUACAAGACGUUUCCUUCCGCUGGGGGUCUGUGUUUGGACAUGCCGUCAGCUGAACCAAAACCAGUGACUGCAAAAGCAUUGUUCAGAGCACGAUUGCAUGUGGGUGUUGGUGUGUAAUGCACUGGUUUGAGCAUCUUCGUUCUGGGUUACACGAUCCUAGUCUGUUCGAAAAACAACAAACCACAAAUUGUUUCAUUAUAUUUGGAGAAGUUUAUCCUCUGCUCACUGAGUGUGGCCUUAGCUGAGGCUGGCUUGCAAGCCAAGACCUUUGGCUUGUAAAACCUGAUCUAUUUUUGUGUUUAAAGUAUUUUUUAUUUUAUUUUUUUACAUUAACUGUUUCACCGAAAAUCUGCACUCAGUAAUUUAUGUUUGAACUGUGUUGCAAUAUAUCUGCAUCGGGUUUGUGAAAUUGCACAUCACGGUAAUCAUUAUAAUUCAAAGAAAGUCAUAUGGUAUUCUGUAUAGUGUUUUUAUGUUGGUUUGGGUUUGUUUUUUCCCACUUAAAAUCAGUGUUUUUGAUUUAGGCAGUUGCCCAGGGUGACUGUAGGACAGGGUGGGUGAGGAACACAAGCACCAGAUAAAAGUCUUGAACAAGUUUUUUUGUUGCUUUUAUGUUAAUGAAGGAUUAGCAUGUCUUGCUGCUGAGAAUAGGUAGACUGUUUUACUUGAUUUGCGCAGAAUUACAUUGCAUUUUGCCCCAGAAUUUAGAUUAUUUCACAUAUCUUAAGCAGCUUUGGGGUCAACGGUAACACCGUGGUACUAAACAAAAAUGUUUAACACUAUCAAACUAAAAUGUACUUGCUAGCCAGCUCAUGACUAGUUUAUCUAUUCUGCAAGUAUGAGGAAAAAAUAUAGUAGCCUGCUUUCAGCCAGCUGAGCAGGAGUUUGUAGAAAAGCAUGUAAGGUAGGGACAGCUUUGCAUUACUCCUGGUUUCAUACAGCCAGUGCACUUUGUCUGAAAUCAAUUCAAGAGGACUUUGAAUUAUAGGAAAGUACUGACAAAUUUUAGUGGGUUUAGGUGUGUGUGUGUGUGUGUGUGUUUACUUUUUUUUAAUUUUUUUACUUUUUUGUUAAUUUUUUAAUACCCUGACAUCAGUAACUGACCCAUGCUUAGUUCAGCAAGUGUUGCCUUACAGCUUACUUAACCAAAGGUCUUUUAAAGCACAUACAGUAUAUAAAGGAGCUGCUUCGGAGGGUUUCAUGUCUGUUCACCCCUCCAUAGCGUUGUAUUUAUUGCUGUUUGGUCCCAUUCUCCUUCAAUUUAAUUUAGACAAAUGUUAUAUUUCUAAGGACUUUGUGUCACACCAUGUUUCCAUUAAUUGUGGUUCUGAUAUGCAUUUGUUCUGACUGACUAAUGAAAUAUGACAGAUUAUGAUCCCUGAUCAGAUCAAAAUACCACAAAGUGGCUUCAUGUGAGUAGAAUUAAUUUAUUUAGGCUGAGUAACCAACUUUUGUUUAAGUAAAUCAUAAUAGAGUGUUAAAACUUUUUAAUUAGAGCUUGACAGUAUAUUGUAUUGCAUUUGUGAUCGCCUUACUUGUGUGUGCGAUAGUGUUUAGAUCAACUAUUUGGCAGGCAGUAUUUUUUCAGGUGCCAAGUAUUUAAGUUGCACUUUUUGAUAAGCAUUUUUUAUUGGAUAGCUUGAAUUGACUUUUUAUUCUUGCACUGCACAAAGAUCUUAAUAAUGCAGACACUGAAGGUUUAGAGGUUGGAGGUGAUGAUGGGAAACAAUGUGGAAAGUGAGAAAAAUGUGUUUCUUUGUUCCUUUAUUGAUACUUCAGAUAUACCUUUUGCCAUGAAGCUCUACUUUAAAUUGUUAGUUGCCAAAGCAGGUACGAUCAAUGCCCCUGGCAUGUUUGUCUAAUAGUUCUUAUGCAACAUAGUAGGAAAAAACAAUUCCGUCAUGUUCCUGAAAAAAGGCCAAAAUACCUGACUUUUUUCAUGGUCUGUCCUGUAAAGGGCUAGUGUCAAGUUUACAGUAAUACCUUCAGAUUUUGGUCAUAUUGAUUAGUCGGUACAUAAUCCUGUUACUUUACAGCACAAUUAAACCAAGUUAUAUAUACAGUAGCUAAAGCCAAGCUUUUCAGGGUGAUUAUUCUGUUACUUUCCUAUUUAGAAGCUACUAUGAUGAUUUGGCAUCUUGUAAGGUGAUUUUCUUUUAGUAGUCACAGAAAUCCAGUUUUUAUUUUUAUUUUUGUGUGUGUCUGUUGCGGGGGGGUUCAGAUAAAUUGUAUUUUACAUUAACAAAGCACUUGAGUGUAUCAGUUUGUGUUUUUCAAGACUGAUUAUAUUUUCUCUGGUAACACCAGCCUGUACUAAGGUGUCAAAAUUAAAUGUGAAUCGAUAAACCUGCUGUAACACGUAAACUGCAUCAGGAGUAUUUUAAGUCACGAAACAGAAAUCUAAAUACCUUCCGUUGCGACUAUGAAUGUACUUUAAAUUUACUUGGUCAGAAAGCUCAUGGGAUGGAAUUUAAUGUAUCUGAGUUAACCUUCGGUUGUUGUGAAAUAAGUUCAGCUCAUCUGUUGCUCCACAUGUUGUGUAAUUGUCCUCUUGUGUGGUUGUGGGAGUGCUUGUUCAAAUAAAAGCUUUUUACAUCGAUUA